CAACACGCUGCACUAUUUCUACACCACAGUUUGGGAACCCAAGCAGGAUACCCCCUGGUUCACUGCCGUGGCCUCCCUGAAUGGCCACCUCGGCGGUCACUAUGACAGCAAGACAAGGCGGGCUGUACCUCGACUGUCCUGGAUGAAGAAAGUGGAGGAAGAGGACCCCCAGUUCUGGGCAUGGAACACGGAGAAGGCCCGCAGCGAUGAGCUGAGGCUUUGGAGAGAUAUGGAGAACCUCAAGAAACAAUAUAACCAAAGUGGGGGGCUUCACACCUGGCAGAAAAUGUAUGGCUGUGAGCUCAGGGAAGAUGGGAGCAAAGGAGGGUAUGACCAAUACAGCUAUGAUGGAAGGGACUUCCUCAGCUUUGACAAGGAGACCCUCACUUGGACGGCAACCGAUCAUGAGGCACAGCUGAUCAAGAGGGCCUGGGAGGCCGACCUGGACAGACUCCAGCGAAACAAGCUUUUCCUGGAGGAGAUCUGCAUUGGACUGCUGCAGAAGUUCCUGGAAUAUGGGAAAGAAGCAUUUGCAAGAAAAGAGCUCACAACAGUGAAAGUCACCCACUCAAUGGAUCCCUCUGGGUUGCUGGAGACGCUGGUCUGCCAAGCCUUUGGCUUUUACCCCAAGGAGAUCAACGCCACAUGGAGAAGGGAUGGGGUCAUCUGGGAGGAGGAAACCUUUCAGAAGAGCAUUGCUCCCAAUUCCGAUGGGACUUAUCAUGCCUGGCUCAGCAUCCGGAUCAAUCCCAAGGAGAGGGACCGCUAUCGGUGCCACGUGGAGCACGGCAGCCUUGCAGAGCCCCUGGUUGUGGGCUGGGAGGAGAAGACAGUCCCUUUCGCUGUGGGUGCCAUCCUGGGAGGAGUUCUGGCUGCUUUCCUGCUGGCAUUGGUUGGACUCAUCGUGUGCAUCA